AUGAAGUGGACAUUCAACCUUGAGAAGGCACCCUGGUGGGGUGGAGUAUUUGAGAGGCUUGUGAAGUCAGUUAAGAGGUGUCUGAAGAAGACUAUCAGUGGAGCUCGACUUACCUAUGAGGAACUAUUGGCUGUGAUUAUCGAAGUUGAAAUGAUCCUCAAUUGCAGACCCCUGUCAUAUGUAUCAAGUGAAGAUUAUGAAGAACCCCUUACGCCCUCACAUCUUCUGUGUGGUCAUCGAAUCAUGAGCCUACCGGACAAUAGGUCAAGUGAAGCUGAAGACAGCGACACAGAUGUUCAACCGCAAGAUUUGGACAGAAGAAUGCGUCACCUAAGCAAUGUCAUGAACCAUUUUUGGAAGAGAUGGAGAAAAGAAUAUCUACUCGAAUUACGAAACUCACAUUGUAAUGUUACUCAGCACUCCUCUAACCGAGUCGUAUCCAUUGGAGACGUGGUUAUUGUUCAUGACGAAGACCAGCCGAGAGGAAAAUGGCGCAUUGGAAAGGUUGAAACUCUUGUCACAGGAUCAGAUGGUCACGUCAGAGGAGCCGUUGUUCGAGUUAAAACUAAGGCAAGAAGAAUCACUAGACUCAGACGUCCAGUACAACGCCUUUACCCCUUAGAAGUCCGUUGCAGAAAUGAAGAGCCAGAAACGACAAUAUCUCCCAGGAGAGCAGAGCCUGACCCAGCUGUCAGUAGUUAG